AUGGCCACAGGCACGUCAGCCCUGCGACGGAUGGAGGAACAAGCCCUGCUGGUGACAGUUGCCCUUGGGUUGUUUGUUAACGGUGGGGCGGAUCUGCAGCAGUACGCAAUACGCCGCGCGGUCUCGCCACUGCAGGACUGCGCCCCGCGCCCUGCCCACCCUGUGCAAUCAAGGCGUCGAUGCCUAACGAACCUCCCGAGAGAACUCACUCAGGAGGAGGAUGCUCUUUUCCUGACUACCUGUCCUGCCCCGGCUUUGCUGGACAUUGAUGGUGUUGGGCGUAAGUACUAUCUGGAGUUGGUGUUAGAAGACGUCCUCGACAAAGACAGUACUGUUAACUGCACUGCUGAGGUUCUUUAUCAUCUGGGCAACAACAACAUUGCUCCAGAUGUGCAAGUCACACUUGAAGGAGAACUAAAGAACACAGAUGAAGCAGAUAACAUAUUCUACCAUCGAAUCAAGAGCCUGGAAAAAGAGCUUGUGGCAGAAAACAUACCAGACAGCUACGGCAACGUGCCCCCAGAAAUGGAGCCCAUCCGCCUGCUAGCGUGGGUCGCCUCUGGCUACGUGAUAUGGCAGAACUCCACUGAAAACACUAAGUUCCAACUUGCCCAAAUUAAACAUGUGAAGCAAGUGAAAAGAAGCGAUGAAUAUCUUGAAUUUGACUACAUGAUUCUACUUCAUGAAAUGGUGUCCCAGGAGAUCAUUCCCUGGCAAAUGACAGUUCUCUGGCACCCACAGCAUGGUGUUAAAGUAACACAGGACAACCGUCAGCCAAAACAUGCAUCGGAAUAA